AUGCUUCUAGAUGAUUUUGGAGUUAUUCGUCACCGACCAAAUGGUGACGGCUUAACAGCUUAUCAACUUGCCAAGAAUGAAAGCGUACGACAAUUGUUUUAUCGACCAUCGGAAGACAGGCUCUUGCGUUACGUACAAAGCGUGCCAGAACAAGGUGAUCUUCAGUUGAACCUAAUUGGCUCGGAGGAUGAAAAUCAAACAGAUAUCGGUGAUCAAACUGAUGAUCAAUACGGUAUUCAUUCACGAAGUAAUGCUAUCGAUUAUAUUUUACGCAAGAUGCUUCAAUUGAAUAGUCUACAUAUACAUAUUCAACAAAGAAAUUCUCCAGCAAUUACUAUAGAAUGGUUAGAACAACAACAUAUUCGAUUUAAUUAUUCCAAUUAUAUUAUUAUUAAUGUUGGACAAGAUCAUUAUUCUUGGUUAUGA